AAUAAGCCAAAAUACCCUUAAUAUCGUCUCGUAUUUUCUACGCGCGCCUUCCCACCCCCUCUCUGUAAUUUGGGAGUCGAAACCAAGAACCAGAAGCAAUGGCUUCUGCAAAUUCGGGUCGGAUCUUCGCCUGCGUUCUCUGGCUUUUUUUUCUCUCGCUCCCGCUUUCCUCCGCCGUCGAACCCUCCAAUGAGCAUUCCUUAGUUAUUUCCGAGUCGGAUAGGUUACAAUUAUCUCGUGGCGCGCCAGUAACCAAUUCUCCUGGCUCCAAGCCUGGCAUUUCAGUGCUGUGUGAAAGAGUUCAUAUCCGUGGAUUGUCAAGGCUUAAAAAUAUUGGGAAGUUUGCCAACACGGUGAAGGUGAAGGUAUCAGGAACAAAUUCAAGCACUCGUAUACCGACCUUUGAGGUUUGUUUCCACAGAAACACAUCUCUUGGGCUAGGGAUGUGCCCUCAAAGCCGUUGGCAGAAGGUUCCCAAGGGCUCCUGGUCAAGGUCCAUGUCACCUUUUGAGCACCAACUCUUAGAUAUACGAACACAUGGUUCAUCCUUAGAGAGCUUGGAGGUGUCCAUUGAAGAAGAAUUUGUUAAAUAUCGAACGACGUUUUUGAUAUUGGGCAUAAUCAUGAUGAGCUUGGCGUCCCUCCUGAGCAAUUCAUUAGUAUUUUAUUACGGCAGUGGAAUGGCAAUUGGGGUGGUCCUUGUAAUAUUGAUUGUACUUUUUCAGGGGAUGAAGCUUCUUCCAACUGGUCGGAAGAAUUCUCUUGCAAUUUUUGUGUACUCAUCUGUGGUUGGUUUGGGAUCUUUUCUCCUCAGCUACCUACCUGGGUUAUUGCGUACAGUACUCAUAGAGAUUGGAAUCAGCGAAGAUAUGUAUAAUCCUUUGGCUAUAUUUCUUCUGGCUUUUAUUUUUCUGGCUGGAGCAUGGUUGGGCUUCUGGGCAGUCCACAAACUCGUCCUUACAGAAGAUGGAUCAAUCGAUAUAAUGACAUCUCAGUUUGUCAAUUGGUCCAUCAAAAUUCUGGGUGCUACUUUGAUUUUUCAGGUACAGUCUGUCGAUCACCUACUGGCAACAGAAGCUAUAGUAUUUGGAUUUGUCGUCUCUGCUAUACUAAAGAAAAUCUUUAGAUGGAGAUUCCUUCGUCGCGAAAUCGCUGAAACACCCAAAAAGAACCGCCGCAGAUUGGAAAUUCCUGAUCCUCCGCCUUCUCCGCCUUCUCCACCUUCAGAUGCAUGGUUAUUUCCUUCUACCUUCCACACCACACCUGAAAGGAGAAAAUACUCGAAAGAAGAGUGGGACGCGUUCACCAGAGACACAACAACAAAAGCCUUGCAGGAACUUGCUUCUUCUCCUGAGUAUCACAGAUGGUGCUCCUCAAAUGUAGAAAGAAUCAGCGUCGCUCCCCGGAGCACUAGAAAAGUUGCUGAUCAACCGCGCCACUGGUGGCUCCUUUGGUUGUGGUAAACAAGCAGCUUACAACACCUCCUUUGCGAAGUCAACAUGGGCAUGGCACAUGCAAGAAAAGGCUGCCGUAUUUCAAAGUUGAGUUGGAAGAAAAUAAAGAUGUGUUGAACGGAUCUGUAAAAUUUGUGGUCUGGACUCAUAGAGAGUAGCAGGAACGGUUGCGAUUUUGUAAAAUUCUUAGUUUUGCGCAGUUGAUGUUUUUUGAGCAACCGGCAUGGAAAUUCUGAUUUCAUUUUGUUCUAAAAGGAGAUUCAGAUUCCUUUCAAUUGAAAGCCGUUAAAAAGAAACAGUUUCUCCCUUAAGAAUGGGGUCAUGCGAACGUUGUAAGCUGUUGUUUAUGGCAGAUAUCAGGUUCACACUGA